AUGGAUUACUUUUUAAAGAAAAGUAAAAUAAAAACUUUGAUUCAUUUAGACUAUGAAGGCACAUCAUUUUCUGAGUGGAGUGUUCCAGAAUCUUGUUCUGUAAAAGAUAAAAGAUCACCCCAGACAGAAUUGCGUUGUCCUUCUCCAGGUUUUCAUCAUAUAAAGCCACUAGUUACUGGCCCAGUAAAAGAAGAACGCUAUCUCUCUGUGGACAAUUCUCAUACUUGCUUUAUGUGGUAUUAUCAUGUUAAAAAUUACUUUGACAAUUUAACCCAGGUUAUAACUGUAUGGAUAUAUGAUCCAGAAAAUGCAGACCAUGAUGAGUUGCAAUGGAAUGCAAAAGGACCCUCACUAGUAGGUGGAUGCAUUAUUAUUAUUAUCAUAGAUAAGGUCUGGAAAAUAUCAAUACCAAUGAGAAAAGAUGAUGUGAUUAAGGAUCUUAAAGGAAACAAUGUGGCUUUUCAAGAUUGCUUUAUUGCACAGUUUCGUUUUCUGCUGACUCUUCCUUUGCUGACUAUACCUGAGAUUCCUGGUGAUUUACCACUGUCUUCACCAAGAGGUAGCCAAGUAAUGAUUGACUGGUGUGAGUGUGUCCCUUCAUCUGCUAUUGUGGUAACUGACAAGGAAACCUUUCAAACAAAUGAUUCAUUUCAUACUUGGACAAAAAUCAGAGUGCCCCCAGGCAUUCUGAAUGAUGCUGAAAGACACAGUGUAACAGAUGUGUGCCUAUUAGAGGAUAAAAUAUUUUUUUUAAUAAAUGAUAUUCUUUACCUAAAGGAUUUUAAUACAUUUACAAGACUUGGAAGAAAUGAAAAUAUCCCUGAUAAUGGGAUUGUUGGUAUCACAUCAAGAAGAUGGUGUUGGCUCAACUAUUUACUCAAGUUUCAAGGAACGAGAAGUAUUGUGGCAAUCUGGACAAGCAAUGAAGUUUACCUUGGUAGUAAGAAUCACCUCAACAGUACAGGACACAAAGAGCCACAGUAUUUAUUUGGAUUUAAAAAAAUAAUUACUGCUGCAGAACUGAAAAAUCUCCUAAAUCUAUCACCAACUGCUACUCUGACUAUACACACUAUUGAGUAUACAGCACAUCCUUUGGAAUUUGCCCUAUUUUUUCAUUAUUGCACUACAUGUAUUAACAGCAAAGAGAUUCACAUGGUAAUAUAUAAUGAAGACACAAAACACUGGAUGUACCAAGACUUUGUCUUAUAUGUCCCCAUGGACAGUUUUUUAGUUCCCCGGUUUUUAUAUUCUGCAGUGCCAGAACUACUACUAUGGGACAAACACAAGAUCUACUACAGUUAUUAUAAUUUCACAGUUUCUGGAAUUUUCCAAACACAUACAGAAAGUGGAAAUCUAUCAAAAGUAGCACAGAACAGCAACAUUCAUGAAAUUUUUUUAGAUUAUUUUGGCAAUAUUUUAAUUAAGAUGGAAAAUAACUUAAUGUUUCAUACUAAAGUUUAUAUUGGAAAUGUAGUACAGCUAAAUUCAUGGACAGAUACAACAAUGAAAUCAAUCAGUGCCUUGGAUAUAAGUGGUCAAUUAUAUUUCAUAUACUGUUAUGAAAAUGGUACAUUGAAACAACAGCAAUACCCCUUAAAAUUAGAAGUACAAAGCACAGUUUACAAAGAAAAAGAAAUAUGCCCUUAUAUCUCAUUUAAAAAUAAUAUUGGAUAUUCUUAUUACAUUUUUGACAAAAGAAGCAACCUGUCAUUUUGGGCUCAAAUUAUCUAUCCGGAAAAUAUUGGUCUACACAUUAUUUUGGAAUCCUAUGGCCCAAAACUAUUACAAGAGACAAAAAUAUUUAACAACGUAGUUGUCUCAGGAUACUGCACUAAGACCAUGUUAACAAAUUUUACUCAGAUGGUAGAUUAUGAGGGAGCAGAUGAUUACUUCAAGUUACAAGACCAGACAUCGGGUACGAUGCUUUAUCAUAUUAAGCCUAGUAAACAUUCAAAAGCAUGUACAGCAUCCUUAAAGGUGUUCCAAGUCAUGGUUGGCUGUAAUUCCAGGAAAUACAUUGCUGUUAAAGGAUUUCCUAAAGAUGGAUGCUAUCAGUACAAUUUUUCUUACGUGAUUGACAAGUCAUAUCUGAGGCAUCAACCAUCUAAAAACUUGAAAGUACAGUAUGACUGGAAAGCAUAUGGCUGUCCUCUGAAACUGGAAUUCAGAAAACAAUUUCAUCCUGUGGUUCAAUUAUUUGAUGACAAUGGAUAUAUUGAAGAUGUUAAUGUAAAUUUCAUAGUAUGGGAGAUACAUGGAAGGAAUGACUAUAGCUUUAAUACUACUAUGAGGAAGACUGGUUGUGUAAAUGAAGCACAGACCUGGAAGUCAAUGACUGAGCUUAAUAAGCACCUACCAUUAGAAAGUGCCUGGGGACCUGAGAACUAUAAGCACUGCUUUUCUUAUGCUAUUGGAAAACCAGGAGACUUGAAUCUGCCAUAUGAGAUUAUCAACAGUAGUAAUAAUAACUACAUAAUUUGGCCUGUGGACCAUUCUGGAAUGUAUGUAUUUGGUGUAAAGAUCCUGGAUCCAAACUAUAGUUUCUGUAACCUAACAACUAUAUUUGCAAUAGAGACCUUUGGAUUGAUUCUCAGACCAAACGGCUACCUUGUAGCUGCUUUUCUCUUUCUCCUAAUGCUGCUGUUCUUCAGUAUUCUCGUUUUGAGCUACUUCCAGUAUAUGAAGAUUUACAGACAAUUUAUUUAUCAAUCACAUCACAUAUCUGAAAGAAAAAAGAAAAUGUAG